AGCGCUGGUUGCCCUGGGUUGAAUGCCGUUGGCAGUGUCUUCCUCAUCGCUUAUCAGUUAUUAGAAGUCGAGCCAACCGGCAGGAUGGGCAAGCUACUGUGGAUUGCAUUUUUGGGACUAUUGAGCGGUGCUGUAAUCGGCGAUCAUCUAUCUAUCUGCCAGCAUCGUAUCAACGUGAAGGAAGGCUUCUAUGUGUACGAUACGGAUUGCAGCAACUACGAUGAUCAGGCCCUGGCAAAGGCCAACUUCAACGAAGAUCGCGAACUUUGGAUCCGGAACGGAACGAUUGAAAACAUUCAGCUGCUGUUGAACGGAAGCUUGUAUAAUAUAACCCACUUGAAGAUUACGAACUUUGCUGAAGAAGGAAGUACUCCAAUUGCGGUGUUUCCGAUUGAUUCGAUGCGUUUUUCGAUUCUGGAUUUGUCGAACAAUGGAAUAGAGCGAUUGGAGAUCAAAGAAGAUGACUAUCGUUUGACUCAUUUGGAUGUUCGAAAAAACAAUCUGACGGAGAUUGGAAACGUGAGACACCUAAUCAAGCUGGAAUCUUUGAAGGCGGAUAACAAUGCCAUUGAAAGUGUAUCUUUGGAUGAUUUCAAAAGCUUGUGGGAUUUGUUGGUGCUUUCAUUAGCCAGCAACAAAAUAACGAGUAUAACAGCGACGGAAGAGGUUGCUUUACUGAAGUUACGAUCUAUUGAUAUCUCAAAUAACCAACUCACCACUUUGGAUGUGUCGUUGUGGAAAUUUCCUCAAGUGAGUACCUUCUACAUGCACGAUAAUUCUUUGACCAGAAUCGAUGGACUUCGAGGGAAGUUUUCCAGAACGUGGGACAUCUCUCUGGGAGGUCGAAACAAUUGGGACUGUGCAUGGUACGAUAGGCUGCUUGAGUUCCUGAAGCAAGAUCGUCAAUUUGCCAUGCAAAUGUUCGGUGACAAGCCUGCCUGUCCGGAUCAAACGAGAAUGGACGGUUUCAUUUGCUGCAAAAAUUCCACCAAUGUCAUUAGCAACUAGUAUAGCACAUCACCGUUAUUCAAUAAAAUUAUACUCCUCGCUGAAA